AUGGCUGUGGCCGCCGCUUCGAUGCAGCACUUCGCCGCCCACGACAAAACUCCACGCCCCGCCGCGGACCCUUUCUGGCAAUCCACACCACGAACAAACUCCGCAGGUCUGGCCUCUUUGAUGUCCGCCAUUCAACAGGUCCUGCCCGCACCUUCCACCACAACCACACCACAGAAGACGACGAGACACGCCAUGUCACGCCGGCCGCAAUGCACCCACAUCUACAUGAAUCGAGUCCAUGGCGAUCUCACAUGCAACAUGUGUGGCCGCAUUCCUGAAGUCGGUUGGGUGUACGCCUGCCAGCAAGAUCGGCUACCAGGCCAGUACGACCCACUGCCGGAUGUUGAUGCUGUGCCCGUCACCGUUCCUGACGAUAGCAACUACUUCGAUGCACGAGCUCGUGUGGCCGAGUACUUGCACAUGAGCCCGAGUGUGAUCAAAGGCAUCCGCGCUGGCGACUACGACAUUGACCAAGUCGAAAAGCUUAUCAAGCAGCGCGAGAAGGUCAUUCGCACCAUCAACGAGCAAGAAGUUCGACUGAAGGAGGGAUCAGGCUCUGUCUCUGCGACUUCAUCACCUCACAACAUCAUCACCUCCGUCGGAUCAACUGCACCCGCAGAGAACUGCAGAAACAGCACCGCGCUACCGAUGAGUCCCGCGGGCACCCCAGCCAACACACCACAUGACAGCCAUGCCACGACACCAGUGAAGGGUGAUGGCGAGAGUACGCCAAGAUUCAAGUACAAUUGCACGUUCCAAGUGUGUCAUGCUUGCCGCCCUUUCUUUCUCGACCGGAUGUACAUUAGCUUCGAAUCAGCUUUCAACGGUGAAGGACCUUCAGCUCCACCACAGGAGUGUCAAGGCCUACGAGUCGCAGACGCACGCAUCAUCUCGAAGAUCGGCCAGCAUGCAGUGCCGCGGCCCUUGCCACUGCCAAACAUUGCUCGACCACAGCCAAGUAUGGACAUCGUCACGCAGAGCACCAGUGAGGUCGACGAUGACAUAUCAGUCGACUGGUCAGACAGCGAGCAUCCAUCUGAGCGACUUGACAGCUCUGAGCUCUAUCCCUGCCCAGGUCCCGGUCAAUGCCCAGUCUGGAGCCGUCAUUCAGGUUGCGCCUACGACGUUGGCUUCGAUGAUGGCAGACGUGCUAUGAACCACGGCUACUUUCAAGAGAUGGACAUAGACCGACUUACCCCAGAGAACUCACACAGCCAGCUGCGUCACAUGACAGGCAGCUUGACCAACACGCCCAUCGGCACCUCAUCAACCGCAUCCUCGCUCAGCCUGCCCACGCCAACGGCCUCCAACCUCGCCCCGCUCCUGCCUUCGGACGAUCUGCUCAGUGUCACGCCGCAAAAGCAAGGAAAGUCGGGCAAGGCCAAGUCAGUCUGCGGUGAGUUCGAUGCGUACGACCGCAAAGUCGGCCUGCGCGGUAGGCCCAGCAGCAGUAGUCUAGGAAGCGAAGUGGAGGUUGAAGGUGGCGUUGCGCUGACAGAAGAGGCAGUCGAGUCUGGUACGCCCGAUAUCAUCACUUCGCAGUAG